GACCAGGUGAUUGGGCACGUAAGCUAUGUGAUCGAGUUGCAGGAGACGAAUCUGCAAAGGAGCCGGGAGGUGACCACAGAAAUAUUGAAGGUACUCGAGGCACAGAUGGACACCUUGAAGGCCUCCAAGCUGCAGCUGACGACGUGCUUGACUCGCAGCGCCAUGGUCAAAGCGCAGACGUCGCAGGAGAUCUACAUGGUAGCGGAGAACAUUCGUACCAUCGAGGACCAGAUCCAAGGCAUCACGGCAGGCCUGGGAAAGCUGAUCGAGGCCCACGGGACGUUGAAGUACCAGUCCGAGCUCCCCCUCAUCUGGCCAUCGGCCAAAGAUUACAUAAAGCCGCAGGCCGACGAGACGAAGAACAUCGAGGAUAUCGAGUGCAAGCUGAGGGUGGCGCGUCGCGAGGAGAUCGCCAAGAACGAACACAAAGAGAUCUUCGAUGUGGGAAGAAACCAGGCCUGGGAUAAGAACAAGCCAGAGACGUGGCAUGCCUACGGAUGGAAAGAUUAUGAGGUGUGGCCCGACUACAACAGCGUAAACACCUCGCAGGCUCAGGUGCCCGAGAUGCCAGGGAAGCAGGAGGACACCUGGACUCCUCCAGUGGGCUACGCGAAACGCAAGAUGGGGUUAGCCUCAUCGUCGGGAGAGCCACGAUAA